AUGGUUAGGAAAAAGACGUUUUCAAUCAAAGCUUGGCCAUUUACACCUGAACCGUCACCUCGACUUGAACCUGCUAUCUACAUUCUCGACAACAUUUCGGAGGGGUUUGACAUGUCGGGUGAAGAUAUGGGUCGGGCCCGGCCCAUCAGUAUGGUGUCUCGGAGGGAAGGGAUCAUGUCGCCUGGCAGACCUACGUUGGAAGAGGUACUCAACAACACCGCUCCGCCUCCGUAUACCCUCGCUGCUUUCACAGCAUUUUUGUCACAACAGCACUGUUUAGAGACCCUUGAAUUCACCACCGAAGCGAAACGGUACGCCGAGAAAUACGACGAAGCAUCUGGCCAUUUAGCUGGUAUGCCAUUGACGGUGGACACCCAGGAAGGGUGGGACCUGAUACAGGACUGGAAUCGCAUGCUUGAUAUCUAUGUCAGGCCGGGCUCACCUCGCGAAAUCAACCUGCCGGCGGAAGAACGUGACGCGCUUGUCCACCAAGCUUGUGAAGUCACGCCUCCCCUGCCCGAAACGCUAGAUGCCGCGGUGAGACGAAUGUUCGACCUAAUGUCAGAAUCGAUCUUCAUUCCUUUCUGCAACAGCCUCCGACAUCUUCCUUAUGCACAAACCUACAACGCAAUGUCAGAGUACGCCAGCUACGCCGAUCUGGAACCCUCACGGCUGACAUUUGACGAGCGGACAAUGCACCAUCAUGCAUCACGCCGGCGGCGGUCUCCCCCAAACACUUCAGAUGCCUCAUUCCACCCAUCUCGAUCACCACCUCAACAGCACAAUCGAACGUCUACGCUGUCGUCCGCCUUGGGUCGCCAGAGCGGCAAUCGACUUUCGACGCAUGUUUCGCACUCAUCGGCCGUUUCCGAGAGCGCGCUGACCGACAGCAGUGGCGGACCCGACAGCCCUCCCCCUGGUGACCUCGACUCGUCCAUCACACCUCCGACGACACCGCCUACGAGUGAUCUUGGUAUAGCAAGCAUCAGUCACGGCAGUAGUGGCGCCUCACUCUAUCAGACAAAGACGCAGAGGAGCGAAAGCGGCAGUGGGUGGAAAAAAGCAAUGAAACUUUUCAGUGGAGCGGGGAAAAAGAAAAGUGGUAGUUUCCACGAGGUCGACUGA